UUACCGACGCGCAAAUACAAUUCCCAACCGCUAAUUCAGGAUAUCGAGUGAUCUGUGCAUGUGCCAACACUGAAACACAAGCGAAAGUGAGGUUAUGAGUGCCCCCUAGUGCCAAAUUAGUCAAAACCAAAUCAAAACACAAACGAGCUGCAGAUGGAAAGCAACGCAUUUGGCAGCAGCCAUUUGCCAUCUCAAGCGCUCGUUGUCCUCUCGGAAGCCGCUUCCGGUUUGCAUGAGGCUCUACGUGGGCAACGUCCGUUUCCAUCGAGAGUAAUUCCUUUCGAUUUCCCCCUUUUGCAGUUACCUGACGCCAAAGAUCUCCACAACAUGUCACUAGUCGGCAACUACUUCAAUCCCCACCUGCUGCUCAACCACGGGAUGCUGGUGGCGAACGGAGCUGCGGCGGCGGCAGCGGCGGCAGGAGCGAGUCCAGCGAGCUAUUUCGCCAGUGACCGCUCGCCACUGGGGAAGCCGUCGGUCCUGUCCAACUUCUCGUUGCCGUCGGCUUUCUCGCCGCCCAAGUACAUCGGCAUAUCCCUGGAUCAGAAUCUGUUCAACGGCAGCGAAUCAUUUCGCACCGAUUCGGCCAGUCCCACAUGCACAUCCCACGAAUCCAUGGAGGGAUCACAGGAUUACGAUGCCGUUGAAAAGGGUGAAAGUCCGCGCAGUAAUAAUUCUCAGGAUCCCAGGGAUUUGAGACAUCUGCAUAGUGCGGGGAAGGGUCACCAGGCACUGGCCCCCUCCUCGUCGUCCAGCUCUUCGUCCUCCUGCUCCACCAGUAAUCCGGCCAUCAGCACCGCGACCAGCAGCGUGGCCGUUUCGAUGGCCAGCCACCUGGCCGCCUCCUCGCCCCACCACCACCCCCACUCGCAUCCCCAUCCACUGGCCCAUCCGCACGCUCAUAGCCACCACCACGGUCACCAUGUGGGAGCAACUCCGGUGUCCACGGCAGUGACGACGCAUCACCACAUGGCCCAUCCUCAUCCGCUGUCCCACCACCACGCCGCCCACCACGCGGCUUUGGCCAGUCUGAGCAUGGCGGGUCUGCGGGCGGUUCCGGGUGGUUUGAGCCUGGUCAGUGGGCUGCAGGCAGCAGCUGCCGGGGGAGCCAUUCCCGAAAUGUGCCCCGUUUGCGGAUUGAAGCUGAGCGCCGAGGAGUGGCACACGCACUUCCUCACCGAACUGGACAGGCUCUACAAGCUGAGUGCGGGAUUCGAGAGGCCCAAUCUGCAGGCCACCUACAUGUUCGCUCCUCCAUGUCCGGCACAGGAGAACGCCAUUCGCACCAGUCACAAUCGCUGGGAGACCUUCCAGAGAAUAAGAAACAAUCGCCAGAAUCGGCUGAGACUCAAAGUUCGAAAGCGCAAGUACGGCGAAAUGUACAUGAUGGAAAGUCUUUACUGCAGCAGUUGUCCCAUCUGUAAGAGGAAGUAUGCCUUGGAGACGGGAAAGAUUCCCCCAGAGGACGAUGCUAAAUCGCAAGAGGAGAUCGAAACGGUGGACGUGGAGAGCUGCAAUGACGAUGUGCCAGACUCAGGGUCAGAGCUAACUGCCCCAGGAUCUGGGUCAUCUGCCACCGUUCUGCCGCCCUCCAGCAUGCACAAUAGCAAUGCGCAGCCGGGCAAGCUGGACGGGAUUCUCUACCGGACGGGCUGUGUGAUCAACCAGAAGGAUCCGCAUCCCGACGAGCACGAUGUUAGCACCAAUGUGACAACAGCCAGCAGUAGUAGUUGGUCAGGCGAGGUCAAUACACAACCCCAGGCACAUAUCAGUGUGAAAACCGUCAGUGAGCUGUCAUCUACCACACAUCACUAUUACAACGCCGAUUCCUGCGGAGUGGGCGUUAACGACAACAACAGCAGCAGUAGCACCAACAACAACAGCGGAAGCAACAACAAGGAUAUAAUGAUGGACACGGCCUCGUGCCAAAACGAUAGCGAUGAGGACGUAAUUGUAGACGACGACGAUACUGUGAAGAUGUCGAGCAAAAUCAAUUAUAACAAAAUUCAACGCCGACAGGAGGAGCAAAAUGUGGGCAGUAGCAGAUCUCUCGAGAACAUUUCGCCCGCGGAGGAGAGACCCCGUUCGGAGCCGCAGGUGAGCAGUACCGAACCGGGACCCAUGGACAUAUCUCACAACAACAACAACAGCAGCAGUAACAACAACAACAAUCCGGCGUCCAAAUAUGCGGAGAGCAUGGAGAACAGCCUGUCGCAGUUGUCGUCGAUGGGCGUGCCGGGAUUAACGCAAUUGGACACAAAGGUGGGAAUUAGUUCGGAUUUAAAACCGGACGAUGAAAACAAAUGUUUCAUUUGUAAGACAGGCAUAAAGGAUCUCAAUACGGAUGCGUUCCUGCGCGGUCGCAAUUUUUAUUUUCACCAGAGUUGUGCCAACGUUAUGAGCAGCUAUCGGUUGAACAAGGAGCUACUGAAUCAGGCCCAGAAUCAGCAGAGGGCGGCCGGGAACGGGGAUUCGGUGGCCGCCACGGCAACGCCCCGCAGCCUUUCACCUGCCCAAUCGCCGCAGCAGAGUGUGUCACAGGUCAUGGAGUGAACGGCGGGGCCAGGGGGUCGAAUUGAUAAUUGCAAUCAAAGCGUGAAUUUAUUAAAAUUAAUUAAUAACGUAUUGUAUUUGAGGUAGCUAAUGAAACGCGAAGAGCAAAUUGAUGUUUAAUUGGGCAUCCCCAAAGUAGGCAACACCUCCUCGGUUCUGCUAGCCCGCCCACCAAAAAAAAGUUCAACGUUUUUGCCCUGUAUAAAUUCUACAUGUAAAAUUAAUUUUUUUUUCAUUUUAAAUGGAAUUGGUUUUUGUAAAACAAUAUUUUAGUGCAAUUUUUGUGUUGCCUUCUCAACUGUCGUUUAAUAUAUAUGUAUGUAUUCGUAAUUUCCCUGAACGUGCUAUAAUUGUUAAAUGUUUGAAUGAUAACAAAACAAACAAUAUACGAUAAAUGAAAAAAAUUAUCAUCUCUAAGCAAAAACUAGUUGUAAAUUCUUAAGCCCAUAAAUUAU